CCCCACACGGUUCUCAUGUCUCUCUCCCUCUCAGCGAGAGUCUGCUGGAGCGGCUGUGUGGAGGUGGAGUCCAACACCGAGGCGGUCCUGGGACAAGGGUUCAAGUUGGGUUGCAUCUCCUGCAAGCUGCGGCGCGAGGUGGAGGCCACCUCGUCGGUGGAGUGGUACUUCAAAUCAAAAGAGGAUGCGGACCUCAAUUUGAUCUACCACUACGAGGAUUACCAGGAGGAGAUUUUCGACGAGCGGUUCAAAGACCGUCUCGUUUGGAACGGGAGCAAGAAGACAACCGACCUCCUGGACGGCUCCGUCUUCAUCCUUAACAUCUCCUUUGACGAUGCCGGCCUCUACAAGUGCUACGUGGAGCGGACGCUGUACUACGAACACUACGAGUUCCACACCAACGCUUCCAAGUUCGUCAAGCUCACCGUUGUCCCCACAGUGAACCGGGAGCUGACCUCGAUCAUAGGGGAGGUGAUGAUGUACGUGGCCAACAUUGGGCUGACGUUCUGGCUGCUGGUGGAGAUGGUGUACUGUUACCGCAAGAUCGCCGCCGCGGGAGAGGAGGCGUUGCGGGAGAACGCGGCUGAGUACCUGGCCAUCGCCUCGGAGAGCAAAGAGAACUGCGCCGGGGUACAGGUGGCUGAAUAGCACUGAAGACGACGGGGCGAUUCAGACAGAACGCGGAGCAGAAGACAUCCUGAAGAAGCGAACCCUUCUCCCGCAGAAAAAAACCAAAUUCGU